AUGGCGCUUGCCUUAGCUCCGCGUGGGCUGCCAAGGCUGUCCAUCGCUAAGCGGGCUGACAGGCGCUCAGAGACCCAGCCCCUGGCACCGCAUCGCGGGGCACGUCUUUGCAGCGCGGUGCUGCUUGGCGCUGGCUUUUGCAAGUCUCAAGCGCGUCGGGCAUGCCGGGCAUCGCAGAGCCGCCAUGCUGAAGUCGAUCCUGCCAGCCAAGCUCCAGUCGACAAUGAGCAUGAGCCUGAUCGGCUGGUCAGAUAUACCGGUGGGAAUGUAACAGUGCGGGCCAUGCGAGCUACCAAAAUGGUGCAAGAGGUGGUGAGCCAGCAUAAUUGUUCACCCACGGCAUCUGUUGCUUUGGGCCGGGCGUUGAUGGCCACGACACUUUUGGCCAACGGCAGGGAUGAGGGUGAAAGCUUGCAGCUGAGAAUACAAGGACAUGGACCGAUUGGCUCAAUCAUUGCUGAGGCCUCGUCGGCUUUAACCUGCCGCGGCAUGGUUGGCAAUCCUAUGGCUGAUGCAGCCUCUGUGUCAGAACUUGUGGGUGUGGGGGAUGGUUCUACCCUGCGAUUGACACGCACACAUCCCUAUUGGAAGCGGCCAUACACUGGCACCAUUCCACUGAAGAUGGGUGAAAUCGCAGAAGAUAUUGUGCAGUACUUGGCCAUGAGCGAGCAAACUCCAGCAUCGAUGGGCUUGAGCGUGGAAUGGGAUGAGGAGGCUGGUUGCGUCAAGGAAGCGGAGGGCUGGCUAGUCACGCUUCUUCCAGGCUGGGAUGAGACGGAAGUGUCAGUGGUUGAGGCUCGUGACCUUUCCAGUCACAAGGAGAUCAAUGUGGGUGGCAAGGGCCACAUCAUUGUAUUGGGGGCUGGCCUUGUUGGGUCACUGUGCGCGGUGGUCCUGCUGAAGAAGGGUUUCAAGGUGCAUCUCUACGAAAGAUAUGCAGACAUCCGAUCCAUUCCAAGCGCUGGAAGAUCUAUCAACUUGAGUGUUACCAGCAGAGGCUUGCGCGCCAUCAAGGCGUUGGGGGGAAGCCUCUAUGAUGACGUCGUUGGUAACCUCACCACCAAGGUCAUGGGACGCAUCAUCCACAUGCCAGAUGGGAAUGUGUUGUUUCAGCGGUACGGAAAAGAUGAUAGCGAGCACAACUACUCAGUUUCAAGAAUAGAGCUCAAUAAAUUCCUAUUGAACGCAGCUGCAAAUGCAGGAGCAGAGCUGCACUUCAACCAUGCCUUGCAAGAGAGCUCAGAUUUUGCAACACCGGGCGAUGUGGGCUCCUGCUUGCACUUCAAGGUUGGCAAGGAAUGCCUCAAGGUCAAUGCAGAAUGUCCAGUAGUUGCUUGUGACGGUGCAGGCUCAAGAGUGCGCUAUGCCCUGAAGCGCUGCGGCUUGACAGAUUUCACCGAAGACUUGCUGACGAGGGGAUACAAAGAGGUUUUGUUCCCGAAACCUGAAGGAGACGGAUUUGGUGCCAAGGGAGAGGAUGGAGGCGAGCCCUGCAAGGGCCAGUUCGGCUUGCAUAUUUGGCCUCGGGGAGAUCACAUGCUCAUGGCGCUGGCAAACCGGGACGGCUCCUUCACUGGGACCAUCUACAUGGAGAACGAGGGUCCUGAUGAGUCCUUCGCUGCAUUUACCGAUACAGCCGGCGGUAGGGCCAAGUGCAUAGACUUCUGCAACAAGUACUAUGCCGAAGCCAUUCCGCUGGUUGGCGGGCUGGACAGCCUUGUAAAUCAGAUUGUGCAGAACCCGACGGGCAUUCUUGGAACUGUUCGCACAUCGCAGUGGGCUGUGAAGGGGAAUGUACUUUUGAUUGGCGACUCCUGCCAUGCCAUGGUGCCCUUCUUUGGCCAAGGAUGCAACUGCGGCUUUGAGGAUACGCUCUGGUUGAGCAAGCUGAUGGAUCGCUUUUGUUGUGAUGAUGGCCAAGUUUGCCUGGAGAAGUGCACGAGCGAGAACUACGCCGCUUGCUUCGCUGCUGUGCAGGCUGAACGGAAGCCAAGUGCAGAUGCUAUUUGCGAUAUGGCCUUGGAGAACUUCAUCGAGAUGAGGGACAAGACUGGCGACGUCAAGUUUCAGGUGAUGAAGAAGCUCGAAAAUCGUUUGGAGAAUGUGUUCCCAGACAAAUUCCGGAGCCGUUAUGCCAUGGUAUGCUACGGCGGAGAAGGCAAUGUAUCCUACGCCAAUGCCAAAGACUUAGGGAGUGUUCAAUCUUCGAUUUUGGAAAAGUUGUGGGAGGCCUUGGGCGGCAUGUCGCCGGAGGAGGUGAACUGCAUCGACCUUGCGCAAGCAGAGCAACUGAUUGAUCAGCUGCUGGUUCCGCAGCAGGAGAAGCUGGGAAUUGACCUCUCGACUAUCCGGCAUUGA